GAUGAAAACUUGCGGGCUAACCGCAUUGCUGGGUGCAAUGGAAUAUUUCGACUUGGAUCGAGGCUUCUCACCCGUCCACACGACCGGACAUAAAUAUCCCAUGAUGCCGCCCUCUUGACGAGUCGGGACGCUGACCUUCUCUUCUUUCCCUCACUCACCACCUCCCUCAAUCUCUCUGGGGCACCUUUCCCUCCCUCUUCAUCAUCUGGGCCAUCAUCGUUCUUCUCUCAAAACCCCCCCAAACGCCCAAAGCCACUACAAUGGCUGACGACAAGGCCACCCACACCCCAGCCGGGGAGCUGGAAACCAAGCACGAGGAUGUGCCCGCGGUGCUUCACGAUGAGGACCUCAUCCAAGAGGCGAAGCACGCCUCGGCCAAGGAGCAGCAGAUGUCCCUGAUGACGGCGAUCAAGCUGUACCCCAAGGCCAUCGGCUGGUCGAUGCUGCUAUCCAGCACGCUCAUCAUGGAGGGCUACGACCUCGCCCUGCUAGGCAGCCUCUACGCGUCCCCCGUCUUCAACCAGAAGUUCGGCGACCUCAACCCGGACACGGGCAAGUACGCCGUCUCGGCCGCCUGGCAGUCGGGCCUGUCCAACGGCGCACGCGCCGGCGAGAUCAUCGGCCUCGUCCUCGCCGGUUGGGCAGCCGACAGAUACGGCUACAAGAUGACCACUAUUGGGUCGCUGGUCCUGAUGAUCGCCUUUGUCUUUGUCCUCUUCUUCGCGCCCAGUGCCCCCGUCCUGGUCGUUGGUGAAAUCCUGUGUGGAAUGCCGUGGGGUGCUUUCCAGAGCGUGACGCCAGCGUAUGCGUCCGAAGUAGCACCAGUUGUUCUCAGGCCCUAUCUCACGACUUUCAUCAACAUGUGCUGGGUUAUUGGUCAAUUCUUCGCUGCAGCUGUGAACCGGAGCUCUGUUACACGGGCAGACCAUUGGGCGUACAGGAUCCCCUUUGGAGUCCAAUGGGUGUGGCCGAUCCCCAUUCUCGCCGGGCUGAUCUUUGCUCCGGAAUCGCCAUGGUGGUAUAUCCGACACGGCGAUAGGGAAUCGGCGAAGAAGUCGCUCCUCCGCUUGACCUCCCGCAACCAGCCAGACUUUGACGCGGACGAGACCAUCGCCAUGAUCGAGCACACGAACGAGCUGGAGAAGCAGAUGAGCGAGGGCAUCCGCUUCCGUGACUGCUUCAAGGGUGUCGACCUGCGCAGGACCGAGAUCGUCGUCGGCAUCUGGCUCGUCCAGACUCUCGGCGGGCAGAAUCUGAUGGGAUACUUCGCCUACUUCCUCACGCAAGCAGGCAUGGACGCAUCCAACUCGUUCUCCCUCUCCAUGGGCCAAUAUGCCCUCGGCAUGGUCGGCACGGCAGGUUCGUGGUUCCUCAUGUCUCGCGUCGGGCGGCGCACGAUCCACUUCAGCGGGCUCUGCGCGCAGUUCACUCUCCUGGUCAUCGUGGGAAGCCUGUCGUUCGCGACGAGCAACGCCUCGGUCUGGGUCAUCGGCGCCAUGCUCAUCGUCUUCACCUUUGUGUACGACUUCACCGUCGGGCCCGUCACCUACAGUCUCGUGUCGGAGCUGUCGUCCACCCGUCUCAAGGCCAAGACCAUCGUGCUCGCCCGCGGCGCCUAUAACGCCAGCAACAUCUUCGUCAACGUCAUGACCAACUACCAGCUCUCCAGCACCGCCUGGAACUGGGGACCCCGGACCGCCUACUUCUGGGCUGGAACGUGCCUGCUGAGCGCCGUCUGGGUCUACUUCAGACUCCCGGAGCCGAAGGGACGCACAUACGCUGAACUGGAUCUUCUCUUCGAGAGCGGGGUGUCGGCCAGGAAGUUUGCGACCACACAAGUCGACCCCUAUUCGCACACUCUUGGGGCUGCGAAGAGGGUGUCGACGGAGAAGGAGCUGGAAUGAAGCACUCGGCUGUAGCAGGACGUAUCGGUACUCGCAGGUAGCAUUAAUCGUAUCGCAAUCCCAUAAUCGUAAAUCAC